AGGCUACAUGGCUCACACCCCUCAUGUACACUCCUCAAGGCCAUCAUCCCUUCUCAGCUGUUCGAGGGAGGUAUUUUUUUGUGUGGGGGGGGGGGGGGGUCUCGGUAAAUUAAUGGUGAAUAUCCCUCCCUGCAUAUUGUCAUGGUCUGUGCUAUUUGGAAUCCUUGGGACGUCCGGGAUCAAAGGCCAUUGGGAUUGAAAUGGCAAAUGGUUAAGGUUAGGAUAAGGGUAGGGGUUAGGUUACGAACGUCCUAAGCAUACCGUAUAGCAUUAACCAUUAUUGUCACGAAGAGGAUCAACUGUCAAUUGGGCUGGAGGUUCUGUAAGACCCGCCCUAUGUGCUCGACUGUUUGUAUGUGCGUUUAUAUAUAUAACAGUGCAGGUCUGGCAUACCAACUCUGGUGUCCACACUUUGACGAGACAGAGGGAGGAAGGAAGGACACACAGUGUGACACGCGAAGCCAUCUCCCAUCAUCUUCGGUUGAUAUUUGCCUUUCGGAUCUACAGUCGCGCAAUAGAAAAUACGCAUUUACCAAGAUGCCCAAGCCACUGACAGACCAGGAUAAGAGGAAGCAGAUAUCGGUGCGGGGGCUUGCAGGAGUGGAAAAUGUUUCAGACCUUAAGACCAAUUUUAAUCGCCAUCUCCACUUUACUCUGGUAAAGGACCGAAAUGUGGCGACCAAACGGGACUACUACUUCGCCUUGGCCAACACUGUCCGCGACCAUCUGGUGGGCAGAUGGAUCAGGACGCAGCAGCACUACUAUGAGAAAGACCCCAAACGUGUGUAUUACCUGUCCCUUGAGUUCUACAUGGGGCGCACCCUGCAGAAUACAAUGGUGAACCUGGCUCUGGAGAACGCAUGCGAUGAGGCUACCUAUCAGUUGGGCCUGGACAUGGAGGAGCUGCAGGACAUUGAGGAAGAUGCCGGCCUGGGAAAUGGUGGCCUUGGACGGCUCGCCGCCUGCUUCCUAGAUUCCAUGGCGUCUCUGGGACUGGCAGCUUACGGCUACGGCAUCCGCUAUGAGUUCGGCAUCUUCAACCAGAAAAUUGUGAAUGGCUGGCAGGUAGAGGAGGCUGACGAUUGGCUGCGCUACGGCAACCCCUGGGAGAAGGCCCGCCCUGAGUACAUGCGACCCGUCCACUUCUACGGCAGAGUUGAGCACACCCCUGAGGGUGUGAAAUGGGUCGACACACAGGUAGUGUUGGCCCUUCCUUAUGACACCCCAGUCCCUGGCUACAGGAACAACGUUGUGAACACCAUGAGACUGUGGUCUGCCAAGGCCCCCUGUGAUUUCAACCUGAAAGACUUCAAUGUGGGUGGCUAUAUUCAAGCUGUGCUGGACAGAAACUUGGCUGAGAACAUCUCCCGUGUUCUGUACCCCAAUGACAACUUCUUCGAGGGGAAGGAGCUUCGUCUGAAGCAGGAGUACUUUGUGGUGGCGGCCACUCUGCAGGACAUCGUCCGUCGCUUCAAGUCCUCCAAGUUCGGCUCCACUGAGGUUGUGCGCGUUGACCUGUCCACCCUACCUGACAAGGUGGCCAUCCAGCUGAACGACACCCACCCUGCCAUGGCCAUCCCUGAGCUGAUGAGGAUCUUGUUGGACACGGAGCACCAGAAAUGGGAGAAGGCCUGGGACAUCUGCACACGUACCUGUGCCUACACCAACCACACCGUCCUGCCUGAGGCUCUGGAGCGCUGGCCCACAGACCUGCUCCAGAACCUUCUGCCCAGACACCUGGAGAUCAUCUACGAGAUCAACCGACGUCACCUGGAGCGCAUCGCUAAGCUCUACCCCGGGGACCAUGAUCGUCUGCGCCGCAUGUCCCUCGUGGAGGAGGGCGACCAGAAGAAGAUCAACAUGGCCCACCUGUGCAUCGUGGGCUCCCAUGCUGUCAACGGAGUGGCCCGCAUCCACUCGGACAUCCUCAAAGCAACUCUGUUCAAGGACUUCUACGAGGUGGACCCCCACAAGUUCCAGAACAAGACCAACGGCAUCACACCGCGACGCUGGCUGGUCAUGUGCAACCCUGGGCUGGCUGAAGUCAUUGCCGAGAGGAUCGGUGAGGAUUACAUCCGCGAUCUGGACCAACUGAAGAAGUUGCUGGCGUUUGUGGAUGACGACUCUUUGAUUCAUGACAUCGCCAAGGUCAAACAGGAGAACAAGCUUAAGUUUUCUGCCUAUCUCGAGGAGCACUACAAGGUGAAGAUCAACCCCAACUCCAUGUUCGACGUUCAAGUUAAGAGGAUCCACGAGUACAAGAGGCAGCUGCUCAACUGCCUGCACAUCAUCACUCUCUACAACCGCAUCCAGAAGGAGCCCAACAAGAAUUGGACCCCCAGGACUAUCAUGAUUGGAGGAAAGGCUGCUCCUGGGUACCACACGGCAAAGCUGAUCAUUAGGCUGAUCACUGCCAUCGGAGAGAUUGUCAACCACGACACUGUGGUGGGAGACCGCCUCAAAGUCAUCUUCCUGGAGAACUACAAGGUCACUCUGGCAGAGAAAAUCAUCCCUGCGUCCGACCUGUCUGAGCAGAUCUCCACAGCUGGCACUGAGGCCUCUGGCACUGGCAACAUGAAGUUCAUGCUGAACGGAGCGCUCACCAUUGGCACCAUGGACGGAGCCAACGUAGAGAUGGCCGAGGAGGCCGGAGAAGAGAACCUCUUCAUCUUCGGCAUGAGGGUGGACGACGUGGACGCCAUGGACAAGAGUGGAUAUGAUGCCAUGGACUACUACAACCGCAUUCCUGAGCUGAAGCAGGCCAUGGACCAGAUCGCUGGUGGAUUCUUUAGCCCCGACCAGCACGACCUCUUCAAGGACAUUGUCAACAUGCUGCUGCACCAUGACAGAUUCAAGGUGUUCGCUGACUACGAAGCUUACAUCAAAUGCCAAGAGAAAGUCAGUGCUCUCUACAAGAACCCUAAAGAAUGGACCAAGAUGGUGAUCCACAACAUUGCUGGUUGUGGUAAAUUCUCUAGCGACCGCACUAUCUCCCAGUACGCCCGGGAGAUCUGGGGCAUGGAGCCCAGCCUGGAAAGGAUCCCUGCCCCAGACGAUCCUCGCCAAUAAACCCCAGGCCUAAAACCAACCUCUGGUUUUUCCACAGCCCCGACUUCUGGUUUUGCCUCUGGCUGUUCCACAAAAACCAUUUUAACUUGAGAAAUGGUUUAGAAACCUGAAAGCUCCCUGUAACUAGUACAUUUUCAUUGUGUCAUUUCAUUGUGGUCAGUAUUAGUUGAUGUUGACUAUACAUGUAGCAAUCCCUGUCCGGCUACGUGAUGGCCAAUAACCUGAUACCACUUUCAACCUCGACAUUCAGCAUUCAUUUUCUCAAUGGGCUAAUACAAAUCAGCAUUCACCUUCUCAAUGGGCUAAUACAAAAUCAGCAUUCACCUUCUCAAUGGGCUAAUACAAAAUCAGCAUUCACCUUCUCAAUGGGCUAAUACAAAUCAGCAUUCACCUUCUCAAUGGGCUAAUACAAAUCAGCAUUCACAUUCUCAAUGGGCUAAUACAAAAUCAGCAUUCACCUUCUCAAUGGGCUAAUACAAAAUCAGCAUUCAUCUUCUCAAUGGGCUAAUUCAAAAUCAGCAUUCACCUUCUCAAUGGGUUAAUACAAAAUCAGCAUUCAUCUUCUCAAUGGGCUAAUUCAAAAUCAACAUUCACCUUCUCAAUGGGCUAAUUCAAAUCAGCAUUCACCGUCUCAAUGGGCUAAUUCAAAAUCAGCAUUCACCUUCUCACAUGCACCAGCAAUGCAUAGUCAACUGGCUUGAGCAACAUGAAUAACAUGAAUAACACUGUUCACCAUCAUUUAAGCUAACAUGGUUAGAGAAUACACCCUUUAACAGUCAGUGGGGCCAACAAGUAGCUGGAAACCUCACCACUGUCUAAUGGUACCAAAACCAUGUCUUCCAAGAAUGAGACAUGGUGGGACAUAGAGACUUAUCAAAAUAAGCACGUUCUUCUCACAUAGACACUGUGAUUCUACACUACUGGUUCGGCCUGCCAGGGACCACCUCUUUAUUCAUAUCUGCACCGAAUAACCACUCAAGUUGAAGGGUUAACAUGCGUGAUCCUUGAUGUUAUAAAACUGUUUGCUCAAUGUAUGUCUGUAUGUCGAAUGUAGUAAUUUGUGCGUGUUAUUAAUGCUUGUGUUUUGGGUAGCCCACACACAAUCCUUAUUGCUGAAAUACUUUCUGCUAUAAGCUGCGUUUUGUUUAGAAUGAUCCCAUCAGUAUAUCCUCAAAACGUUGUUCCAGUGUUGGAAAAUGAUCCUUCAUAUAGUGCAACAAACUAAGCCUUCUCUCCUCCACCUUCUCUGCCUAAUACCUCUCUGAGUGACUAUAAUGCUGCCUUAACUAAGCUGUGUCUGUAGUUGUUCAGCCUAAAGUGACCCCUCACUGUUAAGCUGCAAGUAUUUUUUGAUGUUCAGAUAAAUAACAAUUUCUGGUACAGUAGUAUUUCUCACUGUUUGGAAGUCUUGGACUUAGUGUUAACUACUGAAUCACUAGUAAUUGAGUGUGUGGGGUUGAUAAAGAUUGCACAACGUCCAGUAGUUUUCUUCCAUUAGAGAGACUCUAAGCACUUAAAGCUUCAAACUCUGCAUUCUCUUGUCAAUGUGAAACAACAGUCAAUAAAGGAGACAAAGUUACAA